AUGCAAAAUAUUUACAGCUAUUAAAUUUGUGUGUACUCUCCAGAAACUGAUAAGAGAAUAUGUGAUGGGUAUCCAUGCAUAAAAGAUACAGAUUGCGUAUCAUAAUAGUGCAUUAAUGACAUCUGUGUUGUUGAGCUUCAAGCAUGGGCUGUAUUUACACUAACAAUAUUUGGAAUCUUUGUAUUUGUGGGUCUUUUAAGAGGGGUAAUUGUCUUCUGCAAGCGCAGAUACUAUCAGAAAAUAAUUAAUAAGCUGUAUGAAGAAUUCAAGAAUUAGUAAAAUGAUUCUGAGGGUAUACCUGAGAAUAAUAAUGGGGAAAUAAAUCUGAAUGAUAAUUAAUUAGAUGAUGAAAGUAUAGAUAUAAGCAGAGCAGACAGCUCAGAGGAUUAUAUGGAGUAAGAACCAGGUAAUAACAAUAAUAAUAAUAACCGUCACAUAUUGGAUACCAGUUAUUCAGAGAACGAGAGAUUUGUAAAUAAUGACAAUAAAAAUGAUUACUUGAUUGAUAAUGAUCUGAGUAGAGCCCUAUCUUAAAUCAAUAAUGAAAUUGAACAGGAUAUUAACUUAUAAGAAGAACAAAAAUCUGAAGACUGA